ACUCUGAGAUCUGAUUUGCUGGUUCUAUUCUUGUUUCGUCGGUCCACUAUUACCUUGAUAACGACACUGGAAUGGAGUAUAGAUAUAUCACGGACCCCCUUCUACUAUCACACUCGUUCCCUGUUCAGCAUCGGUCUCAGGACCUGCAUUCGUGCAGAUCCUUAUAUAACUGAGCCUAUAGUAUAUCUUGAGCACAUCAUAUCUAAGCCCGCCUCAAGGCUGCGUGCAGUGCCCCACUUUAUCUGACUGACAGCCUCGCGCCAUGCGAAGGCAGCACCAUGUCCUCAACGCGUAGUCAAACAAGCACGUCCCCACAACAUUCUAGCACCAACAAUUCUAACAACAAUAAUCAAAUUAUGAGUGAUAUUUUCGGCGCAAAUGAAUCGCCAUCGCUGGUAGUCGCGUUUCUGGCGAUCGGGCUGUUUAUGGUGGUCAUGGCAGCUUUGUUUGGAUGGAAAAGGAUGCGUAGAGGGAGGUUCGUGGUCCAACCUGCCAGGCCAGUUCGCGUUCGCGUUCGCCCAGGGAGGAAACCGAUCGCGAUAGGAGAGAAACCCACACUUUGGGAUAUGUGGACGAGAAGAAGAGACUCGGAGGUGACGAUCGAUUUAAAAUGGGAAAAUAUAACGCCCUUUUGCGCCACGCGCGUGUUCUGUCGGAAAGAAAAGCCUCGUCGGGCGGUCUUGAUGAAAGCCACCGCUGUCGAGCCUCGAAACCCACCCCGUUCAUCGUUUGUGAUGACUCGGAUCUCGGCUUUUAGAGAGCACUUCGGAGUCCGACUGAUUCGGAGUCCUCCUCCACCUGCACCUCCUCCCCCACCAGAGCCACAAACGCAUGAACUUGAUGAUAUGUCUGAACGGCCGGAGGGCUCGUUCGUCGUGAUGGCCUUCACGAUUUCUAUGCCGUCGCCUAGUACUAGUAGUACUAGGAAGCGCGAUAACGCCACGAGCUCUGAAGUAUCAGACCGGGUGUCUACGCUAGAGCUGCUCCAUGAUACAGAGUUGGGAGAGUAUUGUAUCGGGUCGGUGGAGGUGUCGUGUAGUGAGGAUAGGUGACAGUGAGUGGCAAACAGAGUGCAGAGUACUUAUUCGACAGGGCUGUUUGGUCUUAUCUUUGGAUGCCUGAUCACAUGUAUAAUUUAUGUACAUGAUGUACGACACUUACCUACCUGUCCUAGCUGUAGGGCUUAUUGUUUCUAUAAUACUGGUUAGUACGGACAUUAAGUGGGAUUUAGUAGAACUUGCCCUGUGGAAAUGGCGGCCGUUGAAGCUUCGAAGGUUACAUAUAUUACGUGAGUUG